UAAAGUCGAUUCAACUAUAACUUCAACGUAUGACUUCAUCAUCAGUUUGAUUCCAGGCUGAAUGGGAACAUGAAGAACUUGGAGCUGGUGCAGUGUGUCCACCAGGAGUCCAUUCCUGUGAACCUGGGAGUUCCAUGCUGUAUUACUGUGGACUCUGACACAGGCUGUGUGUAUGUCGGCACAGAUACGGGCCUGGUCGCUCUGGAUGGGGAAACUCACUCCAUCUUGUGUAGUGUGUCCCUGAGAGAGACAGCUUACCUGUGUGAGGAUGACACCAGUCACCUGGUCGGCAUCCAGUUCCUCCAGGACCAAGACUCUGUGUGUGCAGCCACAUCCUCCGGAGAUGUUAUCUUAUGGAAUAUCCUAACUCAAGAGUUGGAGUGUGUUGGCACAGUGGCCAGUGGGUUGACCUGUAUGGCCUGGAGUCCCAAUCAGGACCUUGUCCUUCUCACCACAGGAGAAGAGAAGAUGGUGAUGAUGACCAGUGAUUUCAACCCCAUCUUUGAGACCAACAUACAUCAGGAGGAGUUUGGGGAAGCUGAGUUCAUCACAGCUGGCUGGGGGAAAAAAGAAACUCAGUUCCAUGGAUCAGAAGGAAAACAGGCAGCUUUUCAAAAGACAGAGACAGUGAGUCCUGCCCUACCCUGGGAUGACAUGCUGCCACGAGUCAGCUGGUGCAGAGAUGACUUUGUUGUCAGCUCAGUCAGCCCAGUGGAUGGUGCCAGACGACUGCGCAUGUGGAACAGGGAAUGUGUGUUGCAGGCCACUAGUGAAACUGUCUCCAUGUUAGGGCAGGCUCUCUGCUGGAAGCCUUCCGGCAGCCUGAUAGCGUCUACCCAGAGAAAACCUCACCGACAUGAAGUCGUCUUCUUUGAAAAGAAUGGACUGAGACACGGAGAGUUUGUGUUGCCUUUUGGGAAGGACGAAAUGAAGGUACUGGAGCUACUGUGGAACUCAGACUCCACAGUACUGGCAGUGUGGCUGGAGGAACUGUGCUCAGGAGAGAAACAAGCUGACACACCAAGUACAUAUGUUCAACUCUGGACAGUCAGUAACUACCACUGGUACCUGAAGCAGAGUCUGUCCUUUGGGAAGGACCUGGCUGAUAAACCAACUGCUGUAGUCUGGGAUGCUGAACAUGCCAACAGGUUACAUGUGGUGUGCCAUGGAGGCCGGUAUGUGAUGUAUGAAUGGUCAUGGGUCAUCAACAGGACAGAUGGCUGGACAGCUCAGGACAAGUCUUAUGUUGCUGUAAUCGAUGGCGACAAAGUGCUGUUAACUCCAUUUCGACAGCUGGUUAUCCCACCCCCCAUGAGUGCCUACAGCCUACAGCUGUCCACAGCUGUCAACCAGGUGCUGUUCUCACCAGCCCCUGGGGUCAAUGACCUGGCAGCUGUGCUGACUGAUGGAACAGUUGUCUUUUACACGCUUAAUUCACAGCAGCCAGAAUUGCCCCCUGACACAAGUGUUUGCAUGAAUGCUGCAGGAGGGACAGGAUUCCAACCUACAGUCUGCAUGCAUGUGCAGCAGCGCAGAGUACGGCUUGAGUGUUUUAUGUCAGAAGAGAAGUACAGAUGUCCCCAGACCUUACAUCACUUUGUGUGGCUAGCUGAUGCCGAACUGCUGACUGUUGGCUGGGACGUUACAUCCUCCACAUCAGUCCUGUAUCACCUGGGAACACAGGAGGAACAGGCUACUCUCAUACAUAAGAUGCCUGUAGGAGGCAGAGUGUACCAACUGUGCCGCAGCUGUGAUGGGCAGACUGUAGCCAUAGAACUGACUGAUGGUACAGUACUCAGGUACCACAUGGACAGAAUAGCAGGCUGUCCAGUGUUGGAGCCCUGGAGAAGUCAGACUGGCCAGCCCGUCAGGUUCCCAGUACUGUGUUCUCAGUUGGGACUGUGCACCAUGGCUGGACAGGAGACUGUUCUUGGCCUGACAGACAGGUUCAGAUUUUUUGUAAAUGGUGAUGAGAUUUCCAGCAAUUGUACAUCAUUUGCUGUCCAUGAUGACCACCUCCUGCUGACGACCCAUGCCCACACAUGUACAUGUCUGCCACUUCACAUGGGGAGUAAAGAUCUCUCCUCAGCCACAGAUGAGAAGGUACGCAGGGUUGAGAGAGGAAGUCGACUUGUCACUGUUGUUCCUCAGGAUACUAAAGUCAUUCUACAGAUGCCCCGGGGAAACCUUGAAACUGUGCAUCCCAGAACACUGGUGCUGGGGCAGGUUCAGAAGCUGAUUGGCAGUCAUGAAUUCCUGGAAGCAUUCCUCAUCAUGAGGAAACACAGAGUCAACCUCAACUUGCUCUGCGACCUCAACCCACAGAUGUUUCUGACCUGUGUACCAGAGCUGGUGACCCAGCUGAAGGAUGUCAACUAUCUCAACCUCUUCCUGACAGAACUCAGGGAAGAAGACGUGACAGAAACCAUGUACUCAGAAUACCUGAGUUCUGCUGGUGAGAACAGCUGGGACCUCCACUCACACUCCAAAAUGGAUCAAGUCUGUGAUGCUGUGAAGAAAACUUUGGAGGAUCUGGACUGUGAAAAGUACCUUCUUGGGAUUCUAACAUGUCACAUCAAAAAAGCACAGCCUGAACUGGAGGUCUGCUUACAGAGAAUCCAGGAGAUCUGGGACAACCCUCCCCAGAGUGAUGAAGGAGUGAGUGCAGAGGAGGCUUUAAACUACGUGUUACUGCUGGUGGAUGUGAAUGAGCUGUUCAACGUGGCACUCGGCACUUAUGACCUGCGACUGGUGCUCAUGGUGGCAGAGAAGUCACAAAAGGAUCCAAAGGAAUAUUUGCCAUUCCUGAAGAAACUUCAGAAUAUGGAGGAGAAUUUGCAAAGGUACACAAUAGACCUGCACCUGAAGAGAUACCACAAGGCCGCCCAACACCUGAGUAAAUGUGGCCCUGACAGAUUUGCAGACUUGCUGGCCCUGGUGAAGGAACACAAACUGUACAAAAGUGUUCUUCAGCUUUACACCACAGAAAGCAAGGAGUACAAGGACAUCUCUGAGGCCUAUGGAGAAUACCUCCUGAAGAAGGGACAUGUGGAGGAGGCUGGUCUGGUGUUAAGCAGAUGUGAGGAGUGGGAGAAGGCUCUCCAGGCCUUUGAGCAGUGCUGUAACUGGCGCCAGGCCCUGUGUGUGGCCAGCAGACUACAGUACAGCACACAGCAGACAGCUCAACUGGCACUCAGGAUGGCUGGUUUUCUGAGGAACAACAGCAGACAGGGUGAGGCAGCUGUACUGUUGGAGCAGUAUGUUCAGGAUGAGGAGGGAGCUAUCAUCACCUUGUUGGAAGGGAACCAAUGGGAGGAGGCUCUUAGAGUGAUUAACAAGUACAACAGGACAGAUAUUAUUGACACCAACUUCAAACCUGCACUGUUGGAAGCCUCUCAGAGACAGCUGGCCUUCCUACAGGAUAACAAAGCACUGUUCACCAGACAUAAGGACAGACUUGCUGUGGUAAGAAAGGAGAAGGCCAAGGCUUGCACAGAAAUCUUAGGUGAAGACCAUGCAGACCAGGACGUUGACCUUUACUCUGACACCAGUAGUACCACCAGGACCCACUCUUCCCACAGCUCAGCAAAGUACUCAGGCACCUCCAAAACAUCAGGACGAACAGCCAAGAGCCGUAGGAAAGCAGAACGAAAGAAGCUUAGUCUCCGGGAAGGCAGCCCAUAUGAGGACCAUGCAUUACUAGUUGCACUAAAAGACAUAGUAGAUGCGGUAGACAAAUCCAAAGAUGAUGUGCAUAAUUUGCUGAAGAUGUUGGUACUGUUUGGGUUUGACUGUGAGGCUGGAGUGCUGCAGGCCUGUCUGGAGGGUACCCUGAGUCUGAUGGACAGUUGUACUGCAGAGAUCUGGCAGACUGGUGGUGGCAGUCCACAGACACAAAUGACCCUUGGUCCACACUCAACAGUUAACAGUAUCCUGGCAUCUAUGAAUGCUGGACCACAGCCUGUAGACCCAGUUGUUGCUGUUCCUCCACCAGCUAAGCUGAAGGACUCCAAGUGGAAGCUGUCUAUACUGGAGGGAACAUAACCCAUUCCUAAUAAAAGGGAAUAGGGGGGCUGAAAAAUUGUUGAAUUUUUUAUAGAAUAUGAUUUUGUCACGUUUCAUGACUGUGCCACUAUUGUGACAGGCACAAUAUUUAUUUUCUAAAAGGAAUACACAAUUCAGCAAUUUCAACAAUCACAAAAUGUUGUCCUCAUAUCAAGUUUUGAAGCCUUCCUGUACUUCUGAUGUCUCUAAGUUACCACAAUUGAAUUUCAUGUCCUCAGACAUUUGUAGGAAAUUCAUGGGAGAUAGAAUUGAAAAAAAAAGACCUGUGGUAGAUCGCACAUAUGUGCGUAAUAAUUAUAUAAAUAUUAUGCACAGGAGUAAACAAAGACAGGAAUGGUUAACAUUUCAUACAGGUCAAGUAAUGAUUGACAUUUUGAAUCAUAAAAAACACAGAAAAUUCACAUCUAUCAUUGCUCACAUUUUAUUCACAGUUUAACUUUAAGAGGUUGUAACAAACCCUUCAUAGCUAAUUAAGAUACAUAUAAUACAAAACACUGAUUCUUACACCAAAUUAUGACCAUUCUUGGUGUUAACAUACAUUGUACAAGUCAUGUUUACCCUAAAUGGGUUAUUAUGUUUACCGAAGGAAAACAUAUUAUUUUUACUCAAUU